AUGUUAAAAAAUGAUUUCAAACCACCCGGUACACAAGGUCACGAUAAACUCUUUAAAAUUCGACCUCUCAUAGAUAAAUUAAGAGAGCGGUUACUUUUGAUACCCAAAGAAGAAUAUCUGGCCGUAGAUGAACAAAUUAUACCCGCGAAAGAUCGCCACCAACUCAAACAGUACAACCAAGCUAAACCUCAUAAGUGGGGGUACAAAAAAGUGUUGAGUGGCGUAUCAGGGUUCAGUUACGACUUCGAUAUUUUUGCUGGCGAUCAAAGCAACACUUUUCCAAGCGAUGCACCAGAUCUUGGUGUCAGCUCCAACGUGGUUACACGACUCACAUCUACUGUGCCUCGAAAUGUAAACCACAAUAUAUUUUUCGAUAACUGGUUCAAUAGUAAAAAUACCUGUUUUCUAAAGCAGCACAAGUCGUGGAUCAACAAAGAAAUAGGUUGA